CUGGGAGCCCGCUGAGUCGGGCGCGGUGAGCGAAGCACCGGGGCGGCGGCGGCGCGCACGAUGGCUCCGGCCGGGGACCGGCAGGGCUACUGGGGCUCCACGACCUCCACGCUGGACUGGUGUGAGGAGAACUACGCCGUGACCUGGUAUAUCGCCGAGUUCUGGAAUACAGUGAGUAAUCUGAUUAUGAUCAUACCUCCACUCUUUGGUGCAAUUCAGAGUGUUAGAGAUGGACUGGAAAAGCGGUACAUUGCUUCUUAUUUAGCACUCACAGUGGUAGGAAUGGGAUCCUGGUGCUUCCACAUGACUCUGAAAUAUGAAAUGCAGCUAUUGGAUGAGCUCCCAAUGAUUUACAGCUGUUGUAUAUUUGUGUACUGCAUGUUUGAAUGUUUCAAGGUGAAGAACUCAGUAAACUACCAUCUGCUUUUUACAUUAGUUCUGUUCAGUUUAAUAGUAACCAUAGUUUACCUGAAGGUAAAAGAGCCUGUAUUCCAUCAGGUCAUGUAUGGAGUGUUGGUCUUCACCUUAGUACUACGAUCUGUUUAUAUUGUUACAUGGGUUUAUCCAUGGCUUAGAGGACUGGGUUAUACAUCCUUGGGUGUGUUUUUAUUGGGAUUCUUAUUAUGGAACAUAGAUAACAUCUUUUGCGAUUCACUGAGAAACUUUCGAAAGAAGAUGCCACCCAUCAUAGGUGUUACCACACAGUUUCAUGCAUGGUGGCAUAUUUUAACUGGCCUUGGCUCUUAUCUUCACAUCCUUUUCAGUUUAUAUACAAGAACACUUUACCUAAGAUACAGGCCAAAAGUAAAGUUUCUCCUCGGAAUCUGGCCAGUGAUCCUACUUGAGCCUCUCAGGAAGCACUGAUGAAUUACUCUGCCAAGAAAACAAAAAAACAGCUGCCAUUAUCCUUGAGGAAUGAAUAAGGAAAUUCUUAAAGUUCUACUUAUUCAAAUACAUCAUGACUGUCGCAGCAAAGGAGUGAUUUUCUAACUAAUGCUGCCAGCCGUGCAGAGAAUGAGGAGUAGAGCCUGUCAGUUGUUUGGCUCGUGUCUUAAUGUCAUUCCUCCUCCUCCUCCUCCUCCUCACCCUAGAUGUUUAAAAAAGAAACAGAAUGUUUAUGUAUAUAUUGCAAAUUCUUUAAAAAUUGGCUUUUCUUAACAGGUUAACGGUUCAUCCUGGUCGUAGGAAAUUAACAUUCUUUUUUUUUUUUGGACAAGAGUUGCAUGUGAAUUAUACCUUUCCCCUAAGAUUUGAAAUGCAUAUUUGAUUAAAUAAUGAAAACAGUCUGCUGAGGACUGGCCGAACCCCAUCUCCAGAUGGUCAGCUGUGAGCUAGCACUUAGCUGUGCCAGCCUUGAUUGAUAUUCUUGUCAUAAUUAACCUGAUGGGUGGUUUUACAAGGUAAAAAGGGGCUAGCGGUGGGAUGCUGGAUAGUUUUUCACUGUCUGUCUCUGUGCUAGUCCGAGUGUCUGACCCGCCACUAAGUCUGUGCUUCUCACUUCCUGUCAUUUGCAGUGGACUCUGGGUUGUGUGUGUGGUCACAGCCAGUCAGAGUGGGUGGGUCAUCUUGUAAUCUUUCUGAAGGCCCAUGAGGAGACCUACAGGAUGUUGCACUUAUAGCCAGUUAAAGGUGUUUGCACUGUUUUCCGUUUGAUAUUUGCAGAUCCUUCAGUUUUCACUGUUUAUAUGGCUAGGCAAACAUUCUCCUAGCAUAGUUUAUUUAAAAUUAUCAGCAAAUAUCAUUAUACUCUGACAUGUUAACUUACGCAAGUUUUUUUUUAGUUCUCAGACUGUGUUUAUUCCCAGGAAAGUUUAUCAGGUUAACUAGAGCUACAUGAUCAAGAUCCUGUUUACAUAAAACUAUUUAAAUAUCUGCACCUUUCAUUUUUUUGAAGAAAAUAGAUACAAGGAUUGAGAAGUUUUCUUUAACUGUAACUUGCAGAAGCCCCAAAAAUUAAGGUGCCAAGAAAUGGCAGUAAAAUCUCAUUGUAAAGAAGCUAGUUCUAAUUUGAAUUUAAGUGUGUAACAAAUCACUUUUCAUAAGCAACACCUGCCUGAAGUAAAAACCUGAUUUGACCCCUUUGCUUAUGCUAUAUUUGUAGCUGUACACCAUUUUUGCAUUUUUGUAACUUUUCUCCUGCUUUGUACACUAUUUUAAGAUCCAGAGUGUUUUUACCACAUUUUUUUUUUUGUUUAAUGUUAAUCAGUUGCCAUUGCCAUUGUAUUUCAGAGCGGAACUGCACUCUGUAUGGUUUUCAAUGGCUGUGAUCUUUCAGAAGAUUGCCAGACGUUUCUUCUGAGGCACUUCUGGGUGGAUUCUAACUGCCAGCCUUUGAACUAGCAACUGAGAGUAACAGUUUGCAAACUUUAAGAGAAAAAUCUUUUUUUCUUACACAAAGAUGGUAAAACACUCCUGUCAUUUUUCCAGUAUUCAGUUCGUAACCUUGGUACAUGUUAAAACCAAAACAAAAUUUGUCAUUUUUCUUCUCCUUAAUGAUCCUAGCUUUAGCCCUGCAGUGCUCAAGUACCAUUUCCUCCUCUUAGCCUGCUAAUGUGCCUUUAGGCAAAUAAUUCCCCGUUUGCUUACCUACUUUAAUGAGCCUCCAGCAAAGAAGAACGCUUGCCAAAACGUGAGCUGAACAGAACUUUGGUUGUGGAGUUCUGUGCCUUAGGAGGGUACAAAGCUGAAGAGUUCCAGUCCACUACCCAUGGGACUCUGCUUUUUGCCAGAAAAGCCUGACUUCUGGCUACAUUUCACCUGCAGUGACAUAGGCUAUCAGCCGUAGUACAUUUUUGAAUGAUUUCAUUUUGCACUGUUAUCUUUUUUGGUCGUUUCACUCAAAUAUACUUCUGCAUAAAGAAUCUACAUUUAGAAACAAAGGCACAUCCUUCAUGAAGGUGCUGCUAACAUUGGAAGACCCAGGCUCUACAGUACUGUCUGGUUAAGCACAGAAGGCGCACACCUUGCUACUGAAUGUAUAGCUGUUCAUCCCAACGAGCGAUACAGCCACCACCACCAGCCAUCCUUUGUUGAGUAAAGUUAACCGGCGCUUCACUGGAGAGGCGGCUGUACCCCUGGGUCACUUGUAGUGCUUUGGCCAGUUCUUCAAGGACUCCUGUGUGUGUUGUGAAAAUAGCAUGAAAGCUCAGCAUAAAACAGUUUAGAAAUGUUAAGCAGAGAGCAGAGAUUAAAGUCAGUGACUUUAAUUUUACGAGUUAGCUGUGCCCCACACAUGACUCUUUUAGCAAUCUGAGUAACACACUCAGACUGUCUCUGCCGCACCAAGUACUAUGGAAAUCACUGCUGACCUGGAUAUUGCUAAAUCAUCUUUAUUUCAGUGGCUUCGUUUUUUCCUAAGAUCUGGGUGGGCAUUAAAGGGAUGAACUCCCCAUUCCCAUUCCUUUUUCUUGAAAAACUUCCUAUUUAACUAAAAAAAAAAAAAAAACGAGUGUACAAAAAGCCUGUUUCCUGCUGAGCAAAUAAUGGUUUGUUUACAGAUCACCUGUCCGGAAAGGCACUCUGGCAGCGAGCCCUACAGUAAAUUGCAUGUUAGAGAACUAGUGCUUUGUAAGGAUGUGAAAGAAGCAACUUGCACAUUUUAAUACUAUGUUUUACGCUGCCAUUUUCACUCUGGAAAACUGAAAGCACUUUGAUUUUUUUUUUUUUUUUUU